GUAGUGCAGGUGUUCAACAUAUUGCCUUAAGAACAAACGACAUAGUUACCAGUGUGACGAAUCUCAAAUCCCGUGGCUUAGAAUUCCUUACUAUUCCCGCUACUUAUUAUGAUGACCUUCGUUCACGCCUUUCUACAUCUAAUAUUAAAAUUCUCGAAGAUAUUGACCUUUUACAAAAAUUACAUAUAUUGAUUGAUUAUGAUGAAGAAGGUUAUCUUCUUCAGAUAUUUACAAAGCCAUUACAAGAUCGUCCUACUUUGUUCAUUGAAGUAAUUCAACGCCAUAAUCACCAAGGUUUUGGAGCUGGAAAUUUCAAGGCACUAUUUGAAGCCAUUGAACGUGAUCAGGAUGCUCGUGGAAACUU